CCCCCCCCUCGCCCUCGACCACCCCCCCCUCCACCCCCAAAUCAAAGCUCGUUCCCUUCCUUUGUUCCCAAGGUUUUCGUUUCUCUGCUUCGAAAUAUCAGCAAAAUACAAAAUCAUCCUUAUCCAUUCAUAAUGGCAAACAGGCACACCAUUAUUCUCAUGCAGACAUCUCAGAACCGAGCAACUCGCACUUUCAUGGAUUAUGAAUCAAUAAGUCAAGCAAUGGACGGAAUUUGUGCUUUGUAUGAGAGGAAACUCAAGGAAUUGAACCCAGCUAUCAGAGAAAUCACUUACGACAUCUCAGAUCUUUACAAUUUCAUAGAUGGCCUUGCCGAUAUGAGUGCAUUAGUGUAUGAUCAGUCCAUCCAGGCUUACUUACCCAACGACCGACAGUGGAUAAAGCAGAAAACAUUGCAACACCUGAAAAAGCUGGCAUCACAGAGAUAAUAUAUCUUAAAAGGCUAGUUUAUAUCUACCAUAUUCAAUUAAUUUCAUGUUGGCUUUUAUGAAGAAAAGAGCUGUGGAUUGGCGGAUCGCAGUCUGGAAAGAAUCUCUAUGUAUAAUAUGCUUCUCUUCCCUGUAAUCCAAAUCCUAUCUGCAGAGCUUCAAGGGGGGAACCAACUUUUGUCGGAACUCAAUGCUGUACUGGCCUUGCAAUUCGAAUCAUGGAUGUACAUUGCAUAAGUCUGUAAAUUGUACAAGCAUUUUAAACUUGCUAGUGAUUUUAUUUCUCUGCUACUUUUAAUCGAUAUACUAGUUUAUCUA